AUGAGUGACCGGCGCACAUUGGAGAGUAUUGCGGUUCGAUGUGAUCGAGUUGCCCCUCGAUGUGGUAAAUGUAAAUCGAUUGGAGCCGAUUGUACAUACCGCUCCAGAAAGCCGCGAGCUAAGAAACAAGGUAACGAUAUUAGUGAGAACAAUGUUCUAGCAGACGUUCUUAAUAGGCUUAAACGCCUGGAAGAACACUGUGGCCUAGAAACAGCUUCAGACACUGACGAACAUGUUGAUCGUUCGAUGUCACGUCCAUCCGUCAAUUCGGACAACUCUCCAGCUGUAUUCCCGGAGAGCUCAAAUGACCCAGUCGCGCCCGGUGUGAUCGGUGGUAUCUUGAGUCGCAUCAAUGAUCCCCAUAACCGGGCUCUACUUCUUUCAAAUGUAUUCAGCCAUUUGCGAGCGGUCGAAUCAUGUUUCUUUGAAAAUGAAAAUUGCGUCCGGGCCAUUGCUGUUGCAAUGUCACAAAUCGAACAUCUGCAGGACACGCCAACCAAUGAGAUAUCCGCGGAUAUUAUUAUGAUUGUUACCAAUUCGAAGGAUUCAAAAUACCUCUCGACAAAGCUUGAUUAUAUUUCUCAGAUCAUUUACCACGCCCUUGGACUACAAGGGAUUAUCCUGGACCCCGGCUCUCAUAAGGAUAAUGGCGGCCUGAUCAAAUUUCUCUACCGGAAGUGUCUGGACCUGACUGCUCGCUGGCAGGACCACAUUCAGAAUACCCCUGCCGAUCUCUAUGCAGCAAUUCUGAUGGUAUCAAUGGCACUGGAGGGCUGCAAUAGUGAAUUGGCCUGGAAGAUGCUCGGUCAUUCUCUCACGAUAGCCAAAGCCUUGGGAUAUUUCUACGUCGACGGCAACCCAGACGGCGAGGACGGACAGCCAUCGAUCGAACCGUCGACCGAAGACACAGAAGUAGACAAAAAUCGAAAACGAUUCGAAUUCUGGCAUCUACUUCGAACGGAUUGUCUUUUCAGACUUUCAUUCGGCAAACCGACUCUUAUCCCACCAGGAUCAUGGAAGGUUAACUUCCCAGAUCCAACAAUUGAUGGUGUCGAUGAUGAAUCUUCUCGCUUUAUCCAAAUCCACUUUCUGGCUUCUAUGCGGCUUGCUCUGGUGGUGAUGAAGUAUUUAGACUGGGUUGACUUGGGGCCAGAUCCCAACCCGGUCUCGCAUGAUGCAGCCGUUGACAGCUUCCUCGAGGAGGUGCAGUUGAUCAAGCGUGAUUGGGAUACGGAUGAACUUCUUCGAAUGGCAAAGACCCAAGUCGAUACAUGGUUCUGCGGUGAUAUGAUCUUUAGUAGCUACAAAAUCCUCAUAAUUCUCCAUCAGUCCAAGAAAUGCGGCCAGGAAAAACACCGACUACCACACCAAACAGUUGAUUUCUCAAGAAAGUCCAUACAAAUGUUCCAGUCUCUGUUAGGAUCAAGUCUACAUGCAUAUUGGGGAAUAAGCCUCAUCUUGCUUCACCAGUUCAUUCCCUUUUUCAUCCUCUGCUUGGAUAUCAUUGGGAAUCCUGAGCGUGGUGAGAUCGACACCGAUCUCUCUUUAGUGACCUGGAUCGGUGACCAUGUCGAGAGUAUCGUUGAGGAACGGGUAGAACUGAGACCUGUGAUGAUUAUCAUGAAAGCUAUGUUGACGGCUUGCCACCAAGUCAGAACCAACCGCCUUGAUUCGAGAAUGACAGACGCACCAUAG